ACCGCCUAUAAGAGGGGGCCGCACGCCCGCCCGAGCCACUCGCCUGCGCGCCCUCUGCGGACCGCGGUACGAUGGCCCCCGCCUGCCUGUUCGCGCUGCUGCUGCUCCUCGUGGGCGCCCCCGCCGCCGCUGCGGAAUCGAUCCGAGAGACCGAAGUCAUCGACCCCCAAGACCUCCUAGAAGGCCGAUACUUUUCUGGAGCCCUACCAGACGACGAAGAUAUUGGGGGGCCUGGGCAGGAACCUGAUGACUUUGAGCUGUCUGGCUCUGGAGAUCUAGGUGACUCAGAGGACCCCCAGAUCUUCCCCAAAGUAAUCCAGCCCCUGGUGCCUCUAGAUAACCACAUCCCUGAGAGGGCAGGGCCUGGGAGCUGGGUGCCGACCGAACCCAAGGAAUUGGAGGAGAACGAGGUCAUCCCCAAAAGGAUCUCACCCUUCGAAGGGGAUGAGGAUGUGUCUAACAAGGUGUCCAUGUCCAGCACCGCGCAGGGCAGCAGCAUCUUUGAGAGGACAGAGGUUCUGGCAGCUCUGAUCGUGGGUGGCGGCGUGGGUAUCCUCUUUGCCAUUUUCCUGGUCCUGCUGCUGGUGUAUCGCAUGAAGAAGAAGGACGAAGGCACCUAUGACCUGGGCAAGAAACCCAUCUACACGAAAGCCCCCACCAACGAGUUCUAUGCCUGAAGCGCCCGCCUGGGCACUGGCUUGGACCUCUGCGGGGAGGGACUGCGGGGAGGGAAGCCGAAGGAUCUUGAAGGGUGGACGUUAGGGUAAGGGGAGGGCAACCUAAUACUGACCUGUCGGCAUCUCCAGCUCUGAUUCUGUUUCAAGCGUCAGAAGAGACAUCAUCUUCUAUUCCUGCCUGCCUCUUCUUGAUUCUCUGGGCCUCAAUUGUCCCGGCAGAAAAAUAGGGUUACACUUGGUCUUGCUGAAGGCAGGUCUGGGAUUAGAUCAUUUCUUAAUCUUACACUUAAAAUGUGGGCCCAGCUUACAGCCUAUCGUGAACAUGCCUCCCCCAGAGCCCCUCUGAAGCUGGGACAGGAGUCCUGCUGGAGCUCUGCCCCCAGCAGCCUUCUCCCUCCCUCUUGUGAAAAGGAGCUGGGAGAAGGAACUAGAACCAUCCGCCAUCUGCACCUUGAGAUGUGUCCGUCAAAGGGCGCUUGUGACCACACUACAGGGGUCUGUGCUAUACCUUGGGCCAUUCUCGGCUCCUUCAAGUGACUUUUGAAAAUCAGCCGUUUUUAUUUGGGGGAGGGGGUGGGGUCGGAGGAAGGGUGGGGAGAAGAACUCUAAGUUCAUAUCGGAAUGGAUUUGCAGAGUAUUGCAAAUCUACCUUUGGUGGGGUAUUCUUUUCUGAAUGGUUCGUUCCUUGGUGCAGAGCCUCUGCCUGGGCAAGGGCGUGCCGACGCCGAGAUGUUCUCCGCUCUCUUGCGCCUUCCACAGUACCUGCUCAGUUUGUAUUUAACGGUUUUUUAUUUUUAUUUCUCAAAAAUGAGAGAAGAGACGGAGAUGAUGCUUUUUAUUAAUUUUUUUUUUUUUUUACUAUUUAUAUCUUCAGACAGGGCCCUCUUCCCUCUUUUUCUUUAACUAGCCUCCCCAUUUUUUUUUUUUUUUUUUUUACUUAACACUCCCCCGGCUCGUGACCGUGGCCCUUUCUGAAGCUGCUUUCUCUAAGAAGUAGCUUUUGCUGAAAGUUUUCUAGCAGAUCCCAAAAUACAAUGUAGGGGAUGGUGGGAUAUUUGUGUCUCUUUUCUUGUAAUAUAUUAUUAUUCUGCCUUGGUUCUAGAAAAAUAGAUAAAUAUAUUUUUUCAGGAAAUAGUGUGAUAUGUCCCAUUUGAAGUUGGCUGGAUGGUUGAGUGAGUGGGUUUUUGUGUGGCUGAGUGGGGUUUUGCCUCUCCCUCUCUCUCUUUUUCUCUCUCUGUCUCUGUUCCUGUGCCUUCUCCUGACUGGGCUGGAAUAGUUGAGGGUAGACAAUUCUGCCUUCUUUCUAGCUCCUGCUUUGAGCCCAACUGGUGUUCCUUUGUUUGAUCUCUCCACAUUUACAAGAAAAUUGGAGAGCUGUGCUAUUGGCUACAGUGGCCACUGGCCACGUGGCUAUUCAAAUCAAUGAAAAUCACAUAAAGUUAAAAAUUCAUUCCUCAUUUACACUAACCACAUUUCAAGUGCUCAUUUGCCACAUGUGGCUCGUGGCUGCUAUAGUGAACACGCAGGUAGACACCAUGUCCACCUGUUGAACCGCACUGCUAGAGAACUAAACUGGCUUAACAAGUCCCAGCCCCAGCCUUGCAGGGGGACCCUUGGUCUCCCUGGGCAAAGGGGGGGAUGGGGGAGGGCUGACUGUGCCCUGGCUCUGGAGCUUGUUAACGGUGACCCUCCCUCUCCACAAAGAGGAGGCCUGGUAGCUUAGCCUGGACAGGCUGCUGCUUCUCCUGACCCCACUGGCUGGGGAUACAGGGGAGUCGCCCUUGCCUCCUGCACCUUCCACCACCAUAACCCAGGGUCCCAGCUGGCUGGGUCCUGUGCACUGCCCCCCCACCAUGUCCUUUCCUUCUGGCUAUGUUGGGAGUGAGCACCUCUUGUAGCCACCUCACACUGUUGUCUGUUACUUAAUUUUUUUUUUGAUAAGAUAAUAAAACCUGGUACUUUCUA